GACAGGAAACACCAGCAGAAACACCAGCAGUCACUUCGCCUUUUCAAACACUGUAUUCUCAUAGCCAUAGCAAUCACUUUGACAGUGUGACAAGUUUGUUCUCCAGGAGCUGGUGAUGAUGUCUGCUCCAGCCGGACAGGAAGCUGCUGAACACUCCGGGCUGCUCAAGUUUGUCUCUGCCGUGUUUUACGCCGGGAGCUCGUUUCUGAUCACGGUGGUGAAUAAAACGGUGCUCACGAGCUUCAGGUUUCCAUCCUACAUGUGUCUAGGACUUGGCCAGAUGAUCACCACCCUUGUUGUCCUUUAUGCUGCCAAAAAGAGAAAAACAGUCCAGUUUCAAGAUUUUGACAAAAGUGUUCUCUUGAAAAUUUUCCCUCUUCCAUUGUUGUAUCUCGGGAACCACAUAACAGGACUGGCCAGCACCAAAAAGCUCAGCUUACCCAUGUUUACGGUAUUACGGAAAUUCACAAUUUUGAUGACCAUGAUCCUGGAAAUAUAUGUAUUAAGAAAAACGUUCCCAAAGCGACUUGUUUACAGUGUUGUGGCUAUAAUCUUUGGUGCCAUGGUUGCUGCAAGUUCUGACCUGGCCUUCGAUGUGGAGGGUUAUACUUUCAUCCUGCUUAAUGAUGCCUUCACUGCUGCCAGCGGUGUGUACACCAAGAAGAAACUUGGCAUUGAGGGCCUUGGGAAAUAUGGUGUCUUAUUUUACAACUCACUAAUCAUUGUUAUACCAACUCUCUUGGCAAGUGCAUUUACUGGAGACUUACACAAGGCAGUCACAUUUGAAGACUGGGUUAAAGCCACAUUUAUUUGUUGUUUUCUCAUGUCCUGCUUCAUGGGGUUUGUGCUGAUGUAUUCCAUAGUCCUGUGCAGCCACUAUAACUCGGCGCUUACUACUACUGUAGUCGGGGCAAUAAAGAAUGUUGCUGUAGCCUUUAUUGGCAUUUAUGUGGGUGGAGACUACCUGUUCUCUUGGACAAACUUCUUGGGCCUCAGCAUUUGUAUGUCAGGUGGACUUGUGUAUGCAUAUCUCACUUUUAACAACGAAACAUCUGGAAGAAACACAGAAGGAACACAAGAGCUGAAGAUUCACAUUGCAGAAGAUCUUAAAGAGAAGUACUCUGCAAGCUAGAUGGACAAUAUUAUAUUUAUCACCACUUGGUGUCACUGUUGUGCUUCAUAUUGGAGAAAACUACUGUUUCUUAUCUUUUGUAUUUAUUUGAAAUCAAUAACUUAAUUUCCCUGGAUAGAUUAUUACUGUUAUUUAAUAAACACCACUACUACUGUAAAGGAAUAAAUUAAAACAAAACACAUGAAUUCAGGAUCCGGUUCAGUGAAUGUUUAUUGAAGACCAGAAGUGGUAUAACAGUGUGGGCAGGCUGUCAGAGAAAUCUUAACUUUAAAAUGUGUAACAAUGUCUACCAAGCAAGCAGGAUCACUCUACACAUGUCAAACAUGAAAACUGUUGGAAGUUGUUAGCAGAGGGGACAACUGAAACUAAAAUUCAAAACUUCAAAGCUCUUGGUAAAUCGUGCACACUCAAUAGUCUAACAAACACAAUCUGUAUAUAUUAAAUGCCAUAAAUUUCUCAAAACCACAAAAUAGUCUACGGGUUAGAAAAUGCUUCACAAUAUACUAUAAUCAGAUACAAUAAAUCAUUUGGUGUUUUGAUUAUCAACAAUUGACUUGCCUUCCAGUUUCACCUUAACUCCACAAAAAAGGGCAAUUUUGUAAAUCAAACAGAUUCAAACAUCACAGCUAGAGUGACAGAGUGAGAGACAGGUUGUAGGUGUAGGUUUCCCCUAAACAACCAGAUGUAGGGCAGUUAUGAGAGGCUUCAUACAGUGUUGAAUGAUGUAGUGUUGCUUAAAAAAAACAGAAAAGAAAGAAAAGCACCCUGCACUACACAUCAAUUCAUGAAAAAAAAAAAAAAACAA